CUUUACUAGGACCAGCCUGUAUUUUCCCCCACAAUACCUGAUCAUUCCGUUUGCCUGACCGGCAGGAUCUUGAGCCCUCACCUCGGCCCCUACUCACGCAAAUAUGGCUUCUCGCGAUGUCCUCAAAGUCUCGGCCUUGCACUACAAGGACCCUAGCAAGACUGAUGAGGAGUUCGAGAAGCACGUCUGCGAGAACAUUAACCCGGCUUGGGUGAAGCUGGUGAAGAGACACGAGGUUAUGAAAUAUUCCAUCACAUUUUGCCCCGGCGAUGUCUCCGAAGCCCUGGCCGCCACAGUAGAUAAGGUCCGCCCCGGUUGGACCGUCAUCCGCUCACACGCGGUCCUGACCUACUGGGUCCGGGAUAUCCAGCACAUGAUGGCUCUCACAAGCGACCCGGAGUAUCAGGAGAUUGGUCGCAAGUCUGAAGAUGGCUGGAUCGACUCCACGAGGGGCGAGAUCAUGGUGGGGUUCGAAAAGGUUUACGUCAACAACAAGGAGAUUGUCGACGAGGUCGCCAAAAACUAG